ACCUUUGAGAUUCCACUUUAUACCAUAAGUCAAGCAAUACAAUAAAAUUAUGUUUUAUCCAGGAUCUAUUUCUUAUUUGUGUGGGGUUUUGUUGUUUGUUUGUUUUUUGCUGUAAAUAGCAAGUUUCUUUAGAAUACCUAAAGAAUCAUAUUUAGAAUUGUGUGCAGUAAUAUUCCAAACUGAUAUUCCAAACUGUUGCUGUAAGAAUAUUGCAUCUUUCAUUUGUAACUCUCCUCUGCUCCCCCACUUCACCCCAACACUGCCCUCAGCCUCGUUGUCUUUCACAAAUGGCACAACCAUCCACUCAGUUUUUUAAAGUCAGAAAUUUAGGAGUCAUUCUUGACUACUUCAUUUGUCUCACUACUACGUUCAUUUUGGGAAAACAAUUAGGCAAGAACCACUAACAGGAAUGUCAAAUAAAUUCAUGGCAAGAAAGGAAGGGAACGGUUUCAAACCAAGUCCAGGCUGACAUUGCAGAUCUUUAGCAUACGUAUUAGAACACUAAGUUCUCAUGCUUGAUUUAAAAAAAAAAAAAAAAAAAAGUACAGCUUCCCCAAAAGGUAACCCAAAACUAGUGGCUGAACCACACAUACUCAGAUCCUCAUCACAAACUCUGCAAUCCUUCCUCUGAUCUUAGGCAACUCAGUGAAAGAUUUUCCUUGCUGGCCUGCUGAAGUAAACAGCCAUGUUGAGGAAGCAAGGAACUGAAGGCAUCCUCUAGGAUCUGAUGGCAGUCUCUGACCUCUAGCCAGCAAAACUUAGAGCCCUUAGUCAUACAACCACAAGGAAAUAAAUUCUGUCAACUACCUGAAUGCGUUCGGAAGUGGCUUUUCCCCAGUCGAGCCUCCAGAUGAAAAUCCAGCCUGGCUGACACCUUGAUUGCAGCCAUGUGAGACCCUGAACAGAGGCACCCAGCCAAGCCAUGUCUCAACUCCUGAUCCAUGAAAGCUAGUUUUGCCACUGAAUUAUGGAGCCAUCCUCCGAGGUCAGAAGACCUACGCACGUCAUCACUGUGCAACCAAAUGAAACUGUACUGACUGCGUUUCCCUAUGGGCCUCAUAGCUCUCUGCUGAAUUUCCUGAAAGGAGACCCAAAAGUCUUGGGGGCUGUGCAGGUCCUGCUCGCCCUGGUCACUGUGGGCAUUGGAGCUAUAUUUGCAUUUAAUUACUUCAAUUUCUCCCAAAAAUUCCCGCUCGUUUUCCUCAUAGGAUAUCCAUUCUGGGGAGCAUUUAUUUUUAUUAUUACAGGAUACCUCACAGGACUCAACAGGAAGAAAAAAUGUCUGAGUCAAAGUGUCAUAGCCAUGAACGUGAUCAGUUCCUUGGUUGCAGUAGCUGGGAUUACUUUCACCAUUAUCAGCUUCCGGUAUCAGCACCAGUACUGCCAGACGCCUUCCCUUGAGGGAAUAUGUGUUAUAGGUAGAAUCCUUUCAAUGGAAUUUUGUCAGUCUUACUGAUCAUCAGCGUAGUAGAGCUCAGCAUCUCUGUGACUAUCAUCUCCUUGAGAAGCCAGUGCUGGACAAAGUCAAAUGAGGUUGUGUUUUUCUUGCCUUCGGAUGUUACUCAAGACAGUGAACUACCUGUCCCAGAAGAAACUGCUGCAAUCAAAUUUGAGCUUCAAGAAGAGUUUCCCAAUGAUGACUCCUCAACAAACAUACAACCUGUUU